AUGGAAUGGUUUACGUCGUCCAUAAAUCAUGACACAAUGACGUUUACCAUUCCCGUUACCUACAAAACGUGUACCAUCUUCGGACCGAAUAACCAAGAUUUUCGACCACAAUGUGCUAUUACAGUGGAUCAAAAUAAGACUGCGCUGACAUGGUCGUUCUGCCGAGUACCUACGGAUGCCGUUAUAUUUUAUUCUACGGUGCGAAAAGGUGGUUAUUGGACACUAAAUAGUGGUAGCACACAAGGUGGUACUAUGAUAUGGAUACAUGGUAAUCGAUUUGCGCAAAAUGGAUUUAAUUCUGUACCAUCAAUAUUAAAUACAAAUACAGUACAAUUAGUUGAUGGUUAUUCAGUUUAUGAUUGUGAAAUGCAUAAUGAUAAAAUAACAAAUACACAAUUAACUUGUUAUGCCCCAAUUUUAUCUGAAGGUUAUUAUCAAAUUCGAGUUUAUGUAAAUGGUUAUUUAAUACCACUCUAUCAAUAUUAUGAUUCAAGACAAGCAUCUUUUACACCAAUGUUAAGUCACACACCAAUUAUUACUAGUAUUACACCACAAUCAGGAACACCUCAAUCGUUAAUUGAAUUAGCUGAUUCAUUUAAAACAGCAUGUUAUUCACGAGAUGUCGACGGUUGUGCACAAGAUAAUAAUCCACUUAUUUCUCGAAUCUAUGUUGGCGGUCAUCUUUGCAAUGUCAUUGAUCCAAUAAGUGGUGCUACUUAUACAACAGCGAAUGAUACAGCUCUGAUAUGCUUUUUUGAAGAUAAUGAAGUUGGUUUAUUCAAUAUUACUAUGCUUGUUACAAAUGAAUAUGGUCGUUCAUUAGCUAGAUCAAAUUUAUAUCGAAUAUCAGCUGAUGAAAAUUUAUAUAUGUUUCAAAGCUAUGCCGUUAUUUCAAGUGUAACACCAAAUACAGGCAGUACACAAGGUGGUACAAUGUUAAACAUCAAUGGUAAUUAUUUUAGUACAAGUACUCGUUAUCCAUUAGUAGUCAAAGUUGGUAAUCAACCAUGUACAAUAUUAAGUUCAACAACAACAACAAUUCAAUGUCAAACACCUGUUGCACCAUCAUCAAGUCAAAAUCAAUAUCAAGGUGGCCGUGGUUUACAAAUGUAUAGCACAUCAGGUUAUACAACACAAUCAACAUUAUCCAGUAGUAAUCCACCAACACAGACUGGCACGCCCACAUGGACAGAUGAUGCUCUCUAUGUUUCAAAUUCAUCAUCAGCUGAAACAGUUUGGCUUAUUGGUUUCGUACGCGUACCUAAAACAGCUACAUUUACAUUUAUUUUGGAUACAAAUGGCGCAGCUGCUCUAUUUCUUAGUACAAACGAUGACCCAACAAAUAAAGUACUUAUUGCUAGUGCUACUAAUAAUCAUUCACCAGAUAUUUUAUUAAAUAAUAAUACAAAUUAUUAUAUAUUUUGUGUUGGUUCUCGUUCGAAUGGCUAUUUACGAUUAGGUAUUCAAGCACGAAUGCAUGAAACAACAUUAACAGCAACAACAUCAAGUUUAGUAUUCAAUGAAAUUCAACGUAUUGCUAUUGCUACUAUAGUUACGCCUGAACAACAACAAAUUACAUAUACCGUUAGUCCAACCAAUGGAACAUCUGAAGUUCAAUCAUUACAAGUUGAUAAUUCAAUAUUUCAAAUUGGUUUUCGUGGUGUUUAUACAGCUAUACAAAGUGGACGACCAACAGCUAGUGACAUUCAAGCAGCACUUAAUGAUUUACCGACUAUAUCUCCAUUAUUAGUAUCAGUUACAGCAACAAGUACACUUUAUAUAAUAACAUUUCCAGAAGACAUGGGUGAUGUUCCAUUAUUAACAUGUAUAUCAACAUCAUCAAAUGUACCAAAUAUUACUGAAGUUGUUCAAGGUAUUGCUUCUGAUUCAAAAAUUGCAUUUGAAUUAGAUGGGCAAUUAACAAAUUAUAUUGAUUUUAUUAAUUCUAAUGUAACACAAGCUGAUCUUUCUUCAGAAAUAAAUAAUUUAUUUAGUAUUCAAUGUCCAUCAUCAAUAAACAAUGCUAAACUAACAAGAUCCAUUGUUUAUUUACAAGAUUUUGAAUCCAAUUGUGUAUAUGAUCAAACACCAAUAACAACGAAUGCAUUUUGUGGACAAUGUUCAGCAAAUGAUAAUACAUUAGCGAAUGGAAAUACUAGAGCUGGUAACUAUUUAUGUUUUGCAUAUCGUAUACUUAAUAGUUAUGUUACAUCAAUUUCUCUGGGUAUACAAAUCAGUAGUGAUACAUCAACAACAUCAUGGCCAAGUAUAUCAUUUUCACCACAAGCUGAUAAACUUUGGCAUUAUACAUGUAUUGAUGUACGUGCCACACUUAUUUCACAAUCAUCUAUUGAUUCAACUGUUACUUCUAUUAUAAUAACAUAUGCACAGCUUAAUGAUAAUAUUAAAAAUGGAAUUUUUAUUGAUGCUGUAUCAAUUCGUACAUUAUUACCACUAGGUUAUGAAGAUAUUAGUACAUAUCCAAUUGAUCAAUCAAAUAAUUCAUCAUGCAG